CGUACCUCCCACAUACGUUCGGACCUCUCAUUAAUAUUUUCCCCCCUCCAACGACGUCACGCCCCACCUAUCCUCAAAGGCCUCGCUUGCCACCUUUUUUUUCCUACUCUCCACGCUCUCUACUUCAUCGGACGCCAACGUUCCUUGAACAGCCUCUCCCUUAUCUAAAAAGCGUCAGGAAAAUCCAGAGCGGAACAAGCGAGUCUGCUCCGUUUAGGUCGCACGGUGUCGACGUCCUGCGACCAGGCAAUAACAGAGAACUGGAACACGUUCCUUAACGCCGUCGCUCCCUCCCUAAUCCCACGGGUGCAAUCGAUCUUGUUGAUCGCCGACGAAGACUUCAAAGCGAUACAAAGUACUGCCCGUCGUCGUCGCCCUUCGAGUCGUUGCCUCGUUCUGUAGAACGCAAUUAAAAGAAAUAACCUCCAAAAAAAUUGCUUGAAAGUGAAGACGAGACGAUCUGAGUCUCGGUUGUUGGACCAACGCUUUUUUCCAAGGCUCGACCUUCGUUCUCUCACCUUAUUCUACCCACCUUGCUGUUUGCACCCGGCAUUCGCAAGGACUCCAAAAAAAUAUCUGCUUGAGCAGCAUUCUGUAGGGGAGACAUUCACUUGUUCAUCUCCCGCAUUUAGACCUGCUCAGUUUAGGGUUGCAGCCUCGCCGCACGCUUUCUGAUCUCUAGUCGCGAUCAUGGAGGGCAUUCAAACGCACCCGGCCAAUGCCGCGCAGGCAAAGGCUUUUACCGCCCCUGGUUCGCUGUCGUUCCCCGGUGCCUCUAACGAGCUCACACCACCAUCAACCAAUGCCGAUGGCAGUCAGCGAAUGGCUCCCAAUGGUCAGCAGGCUGCAAAUGGGAACGGGGUGACUCCUGCAACUCCCGCUGCCACGCCUGCAGCCUCUCAGGGUCCCAGUGGUAUCACACCUACUCUGCAGAACAUCGUGGCAACCGUGAAUCUCGACUGCCGAUUGGACUUGAAGACGAUUGCCCUGCACGCAAGAAACGCCGAGUACAACCCAAAGCGUUUCGCUGCCGUCAUCAUGCGUAUCCGCGAGCCCAAGACAACAGCCCUGAUCUUCGCCUCCGGCAAGAUGGUCGUUACUGGUGCCAAGUCCGAGGACGAUUCCAAGCUGGCUUCCCGAAAAUACGCCCGUAUCAUCCAAAAGCUUGGCUUCAACGCCAAGUUUACCGAUUUCAAGAUCCAGAAUAUUGUCGGUUCAUGUGACAUCAAGUUCCCCAUCCGUCUCGAAGGUCUUGCCUCUCGUCACCACAACUUCAGCUCUUACGAGCCUGAACUGUUCCCUGGUCUAAUUUACCGUAUGAUCAAGCCCAAGAUUGUGCUGCUCAUUUUCGUUUCCGGCAAGAUUGUCUUGACGGGUGCCAAAGUGAGAGAGGAGAUUUACCAAGCUUUUGAAAUGAUCUACCCUGUGCUUCAAGAUUUCCGGAAAGUCUAAAUGCACUUUAUGGGCAUGGUCAGAGAUGUUUCAUCUCGUGUACCACCAGUAUCGAAUUACCUUUUUUUAAAAAACCGACGUAUAUGACUAGACCAUUACGGUCAUGAUACCACGACUACUUCAUAGGACGUCGUUCGCCCCGGGACCUUGGUAGGCCACAACCAAGUGUCUUUGUAGGGCUCCGCCUGUACCAUUUGAUUUCUGCUUGCAUUGCAUUGGCGUUGGCAAAGGGGGGAAGGCCAGGAAGAGGUUCUAUUGCGUUUUUUUUCUUCUUACGAUGGAUCUGGUUCACGGCAAAAAGAACAAAGACUACCCAUCCCGCGACACAACAUAGAUUGCUCGUGGCCGCCUUCAGACUGCUAUGUCGGUCUUUCGCGGCCUUUUUAAUGCUUUCGAGGGGAAAAAGGUCAAGUUGAAAGUGGGCCGAAGGAAUGUUGCUGAUGAAGUGGGGAGCAGCCAAGGCGUGAUGGCUGGUUGGUGUUGUGAGGCAGUUGCAGCUCCAUGGCCAGCGGUCGUGGGGCUGGACAAAUUAUGAGGACAUCUUACGCCCUUUGAGGGACGAGAUAUGAUUAGUUUACGCCCUUUUGGUCCUUAACACAGGGCGUAGCUGUUACAAAAGCCUAGUUAUGACUGGUCUUUUGCAGUUAGCAUUAUCACAAGAAUGCUUGAUUCUGUCCUCUAAUCGUCGUAUAUCGCCUGAUCCCACUUGCGUUUGUGUGUCGAUGUGAUUCUACGUAAUUCUCUCUCUCCGCUCGUCAAUUUUUGUGGGGGGCCUUUUGCGUGUGCCACAUGGUUCGGUAAGCCGGUAGAAGCCCGACUAUCGGAUGGCCCCUCCCACGAGUUGACACCCCUCCUCGUAAUUGGAGUUGCUUGCUCUUUCAGUAAUGACAGGGAGCCGAUAGCAUGCGGAAGUCGUAUGUAGAGAAUAUAUAUCAGUCG